AGUGACAUGUCAGUGACAGUUACCUGGUGAUGUAAAUAAAAUCGAGUCGAUCACUUUAUUUUCGAAAAUAUUAAACUAUGGGCUUGUCCAGGCAAGAAGUAAAUUUAAGGCGGUUGCUCGCCAAAUGUGAAUUGAUGUGUAAAAGUGGAAAGGACGAUGACAGGAUCGAGAAGUACGUGGAAACGUUGGAGGAUAUGUUUCAGGAGGUGAAAAAAUUAGCAGAGUCUAGUGAAUCGGUAAAAAAUUACCAUAGGAGAAUAAAGGAAAUUAAAAAUUUAUUAGGCAUUAGCACGGAAAAAUACAAAGAUGAGCAAGACCUGGAAAGCAUGAGAAAUGAGUUAUUAGGAUUGAGACAUAGAAACGUUGAUAACGCAUCUCUAACUGGCUCUGGUGAUUUUGAUAAAGUAAUAGAAUACAAUGAAGACAGACAGAGAAAAAUUACUGAAGAUAUGUUAUCGUUAACUAGAACGUUGAAAGAACAAUCGGAGACAGCUAAUAAAAUUAUAAAAAAAGAUACGGAGGUGGUUUCAAAAUCAACCGAAUUGACUGAAAAAAAUUACAACAAACUCACCACAGAGUCAUCGAAAUUAGCGGAGCAUUCAAAAAGAGCUUGGAAAUGUUGGAUGUGGAUUUUGUUGGCUGUUGUGAUAAUCAUUUUUAUAAAUAUGGUCCUAUUUAUGAAAGUAAUGAAGAAGAGAUAUUGAAACACCAACAAAUUAUUUAUUGUCAAAACGUAUUUAAUUAAAUUAUAUCGUG